GAUGCCAUUAUUCCCUACAAGGAAAUCCUCCAGAUAUAUUGGGAGAAGGCAACGAGCUUUGUGAAUGCCCAGUGCAAUGGACUUGAACCCUGGCAACUGGUUGGGUUGACAUUUUCUUUUACGCUUAUAAGUGUAUGGCUGCAUGGCUUCCUCUUCCAGUCUGAGAGUUUAACAUCCCGAACUAAAAAACAGUUCUUUAAACUACUGAGAAAAAUGCCAUUCAUCGGGGCUAUGAUUCAAAAGAAGAUUGAUGAAGCCUUGAAUGAUGUCACUUCCAGUUUAUCCUUCCUGAAAGAUGAAAAGGAAUAUAUCAAAGCGCUGCCGGAACAAGGCAUGAGCCAGCCUGAAGUACUGGAGAAGAUGAAAGAGUACAGCUCAAAAGGAGACGUACGUUGGCAGGAUGGGAAGGUCUCUGGGACUGUGUACAGUGGUGAAGAGAAACUCACCCAUCUGCUAGUGAAGGUGUAUGAAGAGUUUGCCUGGAGUAAUCCUCUCCAUCCGGAUAUAUUCCCUGGUUUGAGGAAGAUGGAAGCAGAAGUAGUGAGGAUUGCCUGUACGCUCUUCAAUGGGGGCCCCAACUCUUGUGGUGCUAUGACAUCUGGGGGGACCGAGAGCAUUCUGAUGGCCUGCAAGGCGUACCGAGACCUGGCUUACGAGAGAGGCAUCAAACAGCCAGAAAUGUUGGUCCCGGUGAGUGCUCACGCAGCAUUUGACAAGGCAGCACACUACUUUGGACUGAAGUUGAUUCACAUACCGUUGACCAAGGCUAUGGAAGUGGAUGUUCAGGCAAUGAGGAGAGCUAUCUCGAAGAACACAGCCAUGCUGGUCUGUUCCGCUCCCCAGUUCCCGCAUGGAAUUAUGGACCCGAUUGAAGAGGUGGCAGAGCUUGCGGUGAAGUACAAAAUCCCCUUCCACGUUGAUGCCUGCCUGGGUGGUUUUCUUAUUGCUUUCAUGGACAAGGCAGGGUUCCCCCUAAAGCGUCCAUUUGACUUCCGUGUAAAAGGUGUGACCAGCAUUUCUGCUGAUACCCACAAGUAUGGCUACGCUCCCAAGGGCUCCUCGGUGGUGCUGUACAGCGACAAGAAGUACAGGAGCUACCAGUUCUUUAUAGCACCCGAUUGGCAAGGGGGCAUAUACGCCUCCCCCUCCGUGGCAGGCUCCAGGCCUGGUGGAAUCAUAGCCGCGUGCUGGGCAACUCUGAUGCACAUAGGGGAAUCGGGCUACGUUGAGGCUACGAAGAGGAUCAUUAAAACUGCUCGUUUCCUCGAAUCGGAGUUGAGAAAAAUUGACAGCAUCUUCAUUCUUGGGAAACCUGAGGUGUCUGUCCUCUCCAUCGGUUCGGACACUUUUGAUAUUUAUCGAUUAUCUAACUCCUUAGCUGCAAAAGGGUGGAACUUAAAUGUCCUACAGUUCCCAUCAAGCAUUCAUCUCUGCAUUACGCAGUUGCACACAAAGUCUGGUGUUGCUGAACAGUUCCUGAAAGAUGUCAAAGACAGCAUUGAGGAGAUCAUGAAGGACCUCAACGCCAAGACCACAGGCAUGGGAGCCAUCUAUGGAAUGGCCCAGUCCGUCCCAGACAGGAGCUUGGUAGCGGAGAUUUCUCAGGCGUACUUGGACGGCCUCUACAGCACGGAUGUUCCUUGCAGUGAAAAGCACAUGAACGGCUCUCCUGGCCACCACUGACUGUAGUGCAACAAUCGGUGCCUUGCCAACUAGUGCUGGGGUGGUUAUAAAGGUUUCCUAGGGGAAGAGAUUGCAGUAAGCCUUUGUUCCUACAAUCGCAGGUCUGAUGGCAGCUUGAUCUUGAAAACUUCCUUCCCCAUCUUAGUCUGUUCCAAAAUCUGCAUUAUUUUCAUGCCCAACUUUAGUUUUAGGCUUUUCUUCCCUUCCCCCUGCCUAUUUUCAUCAUGACUAUUGAUGGUGAAUUGAAUAUCCAUUCCACAGCUCCAAAUUCCUCAGGUAUUCUGUAUGUCACUUCAUUCCUUGCUGUUUCUUCUCCUCAGACCUGGUAUUCAGCCCGUGUCCAGCUAAGUGUUAGAUUUGAGUUCUCAUGUUGUGUUCCAAAGCUUCAAUCUUCCCAGAAGUUGAAGGUAGCAAAUAAAUUGAAUAUUUUGUUUUCUUUUGAGUAUUCCUCCAAGCUACUGCAUUUAAUGGACUGUGCUGGGAGCCUUAUACCUGUGUAAUGCAGAGCCGAUAAGUUGGCAAAGGAAAGAUGGUCAUGUACUCUUUUUGAAAUCCCCUCUG